AUGGCGACUUGGCGGCGGGACGGCCGGCUGACGGGCAGCCAGCGGCUGCUGUGCGCGGGGUUGGCGGGGACGCUCAGCCUCAGCCUCACCGCGCCGCUGGAGCUCGCCACCGUGCUGGCCCAGGUCGGCGUCGUGCGCGGCCGCGCCCGGGGGCCGUGGGGCGCGGGGCUUCGCGUCUGGCGGGCCGAGGGGCCCCGCGCCCUGUGGAAGGGGAACGCGGUGGCCUGCCUGCGCCUCUUCCCCUGCAGCGCCGUUCAACUGGCCGCCUACCGCAAGUUUGUUGUGCUGUUCACGGAUGACCUGGGCCACAUCUCACAGUGGAGGUCCAUCAUGGCUGGGAGUCUUGCGGGCAUGGUUUCCACCAUCGUGACAUAUCCUACAGACCUCAUCAAAACCCGGUUAAUUGUGCAGAACAUGCUGGAACCGUCUUACAGGGGGAUCCUCCAUGCUUUUUCUACUAUUUAUCAACAGGAAGGGUUCCUGGCCCUUUAUCGAGGGGUUUCCCUUACUAUUUUAGGUGCUCUCCCUUUCUCUGCCGGCUCCCUUCUAGUUUACAUGAACCUGGAGAAAAUCUGGAAUGGACCCCGAGAUCGGUUCUCUCUCCUCCAGAACUUCGCCAAUGUCUGCCUGGCUGCCGCGGUGACCCAGACACUCUCCUUUCCCUUCGACACGGUGAAGAGAAAGAUGCAGGCUCAGAGCUCCUACCUUCCCCACUGUGGAGGAGUAGAUGUCCAUUUCUCAGGAGCAGUGGACUGCUUCCGGCAGAUAGUGAAAGCCCAAGGGGUCCUGGGGCUCUGGAAUGGAUUGGCAGCCAACUUACUGAAGAUAGUUCCAUAUUUUGGAGUUAUGUUUGGCACCUUUGAGUUCUGCAAGAGAAUCUGUCUUUACCAAAAUGGUUACAUCGUGUCUCCUCUGAGCUAUAAAUUGACCCCAGGGGUGGAUCAGAGUUUGAAGCCCCAGGAAUUACGGGAAUUAAAGAAGUUUUUCAAAACUGGACAACUAAAGUCUAAAAAACCAACUCUUUAAAACAGAAUGGAGCUAGAAGUGCACUGACUGAAGGUGUGUUGCAAUCAGAGAGAAAUGUAGCCUCAGAAUUGUGCACGCGUGGAGUGACAAGAGGGUGCUCCUGUCUGCUGCUCUUGGAAAUGAGAAGAUUCGGCCAUACCUGAGCUCGAAACUGAUGGCCCUGUAAACAUCUACACCACCGAGGGUUUCCCAACAUGACCGUCGCAGGAUGGCAUCCCACCAGGUUUUACAACAGAACCUAGCAGUAGUGAAAUGUGCAAUUCACACUCUGAAUGUAAGUAGGCAAUUUACACAACACCAAAAAAGGGCAUUGCCAUGACUCCUCAGAGCAACAUGUAGUUGAAGCGGCUGGGCAGAUACCACACCGGGAGCUCCGCCACAGGCUCACAGCUUACACCAACCCACAGCAGCCUAGUUUCACCCAGAUUCACUCCAGGCUUCCUGAUACAGUCCUGGAACUCAUAAUCUUUGCUGACUUCUGAGUGCACACACCAUGGUGUAAAUUAUGCCUUAUCAGAAACUAAAUGAAAACAUUUAACAUUUAAAAGUUACCACUGUCGAGGAGGAAAACAAGAUGGCAGAGGAGAAGGACGUGCUCUCACUCCCUCUUGCGAGAACACCAGAAUCACAACAAGCUGCUGGACGAUCAUUGACAGAAAGACCCUGGAACUCACCAAAAAAGAUACCCCACAUCCAAGGACAAAGGAGAAGCCACAAUGAGAGGGUAGGAGGGGCACAAUCACAGUAAAAUCAAACCCCAUAACUGCUGGGUGGGUGACUCACAGACUGGAGAACACUUAUACCAUGGAAGUCCACCCACUGGAGUGGAGGUUCUGAGCCCCACAUCAGGCUUCCCAACCUGAGGGUCCAGCAAUGGGAGGAGGAAUUCCUAGAGAAUCAGACCUUGAAGCCUAGUGGGAAUUGAUUACAGGACUUCGACAGGACUGGGGGAAACAGAGAUUCCACUCUUGGAGGGCACACACAAAAUAGUGUGUGAAUCGGGACCCAGGGGAAGGAGCAGUGACCCCAGGGGAGACUGAACCAGACCUACCUGCUAGUGUUGGAGGGUCUCCUGCAAGGGCGGGGCAUGGCUCUGUUUCACAAUGGGGACAAGGACACUGGCAGCAAAAGUUCUGGGAAAUACUCCUUGGUGUGAGCCCUCCCAGAGUCUGUCAUUAGCCCCACCAAAAAGCCCAGGUAGGCUCCAGUGUUGGGUGGCCUCAGGCCAAACAACCAACAGGGAGGGAACCCAGCCCCACAGUCAAGUGGAUUAAAGUUUUACUGAGCUCUGCCCACCAGAGCAACAGUCAGCUCUACCCACCACCAGGCCCUCCCAUCAAGCCUCUUAGAUACCCUCAUCCACCAGAGGGCAGACAGCAGAAGCAAGAAGAACUACAAUCCUGCAGCCUGUGGAACAAAAACCACAUUCACAGAAAGAUAGACAAGAUGAAAAGGCAGAGGGCUAUAUUCCAGAUGAAAGAACAAGAUAAAACCCCAGAAAAACAAUGAAAUGAAGUGGAGAUAGGCAACCUUCCAGAAAAAGAAUUCAGAAUAAUGAUAGUGAAGAUGAUCUAGGACCUCAGAAAAAGAUAGGAGGCAAAGAUUGAGAAGAUGCAAGAAAUGUUUAACAAAGACCUAGAAGAAUUAAAGAACAAACAAACAGAGAUGAACAAUACAAUAACUGAAAUGAAAACUACACUAGAAGGAAGCAAUAGCAGAAUAACUGAGGCAGAAGAACGGAUAAGUGACCCGGAAGACAGAAUAGUGGAAUUCACUGCUGCAGAACAGAAUAAAGAAAAAAGAAUGAAAAGAAAUGAAGACAGCCUAAGAGACCUCUGGGACAACAUUAAACGCAACAACAUUCACGUUAUAGGGGUCCCAGAAGGAGAAGAGAGAGAGAAAGGACCAGAGAUAAUAUUUGAAGAGAUUAUAGUCGAAAACUUCCCUAACAUGGGAAAGGAAAUAGCCACCCAAGUGCAGGAAGCGCAGAGAGUCCCAUACAGGAUAAACCCAAGGAGAAACAUGCUGAGACAUAUAGUA